AUGGAUUUGAAUAUGAGUAAUAUAACUAAUUCAAGUAGUCAAAUAAUACUAUCGGAAUCAUUUUUAAAUACAAUGCGAUUAGUGACAGAUGCACUGACACCAAUUUUACAAUUAUCAAGAAUUGCUUUUAGUAUAGUUACUUUUCUUCUUGUUCAUUUUUCUCCACUUUAUCGAACAACAUCAUUCGGUCUUCAUAUUCGUUGUCUAGCUGUUUACGAUGGUUGUCGUAUAAUAGAAAGAUUAUUUUAUUGGUUUCCACCAUUAUCAUUCUUUAUGCCAAAAUAUAAAUAUACUCGAUGUAAUUUUGCAUUUUUUCUUCAAAAUUAUUUUUCUCAUUUAUCAAUUGUUACAAUUGUUCUUCUAUCUAUUGAACGUUGUAUUAUAUUAUGGUCACCAUUUCGUGCAAGAUAUAUCACAAGUAUGCGUAAUGCAAUCAUAGAAGAAUUUAUAAAUAUAAUAACUAUGUUAAUUGUAACACAUUUCUAUUUAAUACCAGAUUAUUUUGCAUCAAUGGAUUUUUCAAGAUGUUUUUAUUCCAAUGUAUUUCACAUCUAUCAUUAUAAACUAAUAUUUAAUUAUAAAUUAUAUGCUAUAGCUGAUAUAAUUUUAUUUUCAUUAAUACCUUGUUCAUUAACAACAAUAUCGAUUAUAUUAAUUAUUAUUGGACUUAAACGUCAUAAACGACAUCAAAAAUAUUUAAGAUCAAAUCAACUACAACAACCAACAACAUCAAUUUAUGAUACAAGUAUUAUACUUGUUGCUAUUGCUGUAUUACAAGUAACAACAACAUUUCCAUUACGUAUGCUUUUAUUAUUAAAUUUAAUUACUCCAAUUGAAUUAAAUUUUUAUACAGCUUUAUAUUAUUUAUUAUCAUUUAAUGAAUUACUUGCUUCAACAUUGAAUUUUGUUGCAUUUGUUUUACCAUUUCAAAAUAGUCGAACAGAAUGUUUUAAAGUUUUCUUUGCAUUCUGUUAUUUACAACGACAACGAAUAUCAACUGCACCACGAAUUGCAACUAUUGAUUCGGUCCCAUAA